CUGUAGUUUCCUGUGUGUCGGCCUUUAGGUCCUCCUCAAGCAGUAGUGCAAUUGUUCGGCGUGACCUCCUGUCCUCUGUGUAUUUGUAAAGUUUCAUAAAUUUAAUCAUGGUCUUCGAGAGGAAAAUGAUCACUAACGGCGACCCCGACGACGAGGAAGAAGAUGCUCCAGAAGAGGAGGUAGAAGAAAAAGAAGAAGAGGAGAAGGAGGAGGAGGAAGAAGAAGAAGAAGAGGAGGAAGAAGAUUUAGUGGAUCCGAUAGAAGCGAUACGAGCUAAGUGUGAGGAGACUGAACACUGUGUCCACUACAAGCAGCGUCUGGAGAUCUGUGAAGCACGGGUCAGCUCCAAGUCCCACACUGAGGAGGACUGUACAGAGGAGCUUUUUGACUUUCUGCAUGCACGGGACCAUUGUGUGUCGCACAAGCUCUUCCAUCAUAUGAAAUGAUCCAUUAGACCAAUUUCCAGUAAUUGCAGCUGCCCAUUUUAUGCAACCGCUGUGGUGUGGGAUUUUCUUGAAUGGCUCCAACUUACUCUUUGUAAUAACUGUUUUCCAAUGGUUAUGAAAUACCUUUUUAAACAACACAGAUGUACAGUAUGUACAGGACUCAGACUAUAGGCUGUGAUUCAAUGCUUGUGAUGAUAGGUGUUGAAAGAAGAGCUUAAGCUUUGUUGUCUCUUUGUUAGAACAUAUCCAUUUUUCUACUUCCAUAUGGAAAAAAAAACAAUCUCAGGUUUGGUCAGAUCACAGUUAUUUCAUAAAUAAAGGUUUUUGUUGUGAAACUC